AAGACUGUCGAUUCGGUCGUCUGGAUCAAUUUUUUGUUAGAAUCAGUAAAAAACUCUGAUGUUGGCUUCCACUUUCUCAUAUAAAUUGCAAAUUUCGUAUGCUUCGUUUCAGUCUGGUAGAACAGCUUCAAAUGGAAUGUUGAUUAUAGAAUUUUGUGUACGGGUUUAAUUAAUGUUAUUAGUCUAUAAUUCCUGAAUAAAGCAUGGCCAAAAGUGAAAUAGCGCAUCUUUUAGUCUUCGUUGGCUUGUUCCUGAGCUACGUGAGUAGUGAAAUACAAUUUGAAACGUGUAAUAAAAACUUAAAGCGAGAUCGCUAUGUCAGUAGAAACAACGUAAAUUCUUCCUGUGGCUGUGAUGAAUCAAGAAAAGCCCCGAGGAUCAUCACAUGGUCCAAUAAGAAGAGAAAGUGUUCUUUUAUGAAUAUCGACAAUGAUGACGUAGUUGUCUUCACUGUUGCCACAAAUGAUACCGACGGGUUCAGAAGGUACGUCAGAUCCGCGAGAGUAAACGGAUUUGAUGACAAACUAAAGGUCUUAGGAUUUGGAGAGGUUUGGAAAGGUGGAAAUGUUAGAAAAUAUGCAGGAGGAGGGCAUAAAGUAAACCUCUUUAAAAAAGCUCUCGAAGAAUACAAAGAUGAUACUGAGAAAAUUAUUAUCUUCACGGACAGUUACGACCUGGUGUUCCUGUCAGAUUUGGACACAAUUUUAGAAAAAUUCAAGGAGUUCGAUUCACGAAUCCUCUUUUCUGCCGAAAGCAAUUGUUGGCCAGAUAAAUCUCUUGCUUCGAAAUAUCCUUCUGUUGCUCGAGGAAAACGAUUUCUAAAUUCUGGGGGUAUUAUUGGAUUCGCCACUGAUCUCUAUUCCAUUUUAUCUUAUCGAGAAAUUGAAGAUUCUGACGAUGAUCAGCUAUUUUUUACACACAUUUAUCUGGAUCCGGAAUUGAGAGAGAAACACAAAAUCAAAUUAGAUCAUAAAUCUGAAAUCUUUCAGAAUCUCUACGGAGCAGUAGCUGAUGUUGAGUUGAGGUUCAAAGGAAACGAUGCUUAUCUUCAAAAUACUGCCUAUAACACCGUUCCGUUAGUUGUACAUGGAAAUGGAAUUAGUAAAAUAGUUUUGAAUUACCUCGGAAAUUAUUUGGCCCAAGCCUGGAGUCCCGAAGAGGGUUGUUUAAAUUGUUGGGACGAUGCUAUCGAAUUACCAAAGAAUAAACCUGAAAAUUAUCCAGUAAUUUUGAUCGCUAUAUUCAUCGAAAAACCGAUGCCUUUCUUGGAAGAGUUUUUUGAAAAGAUUUACACUCAAACUUAUCCGAAAUCAAAAUUGCAUCUUUUUAUUCAUAAUCAUGUCCCUUACCAUAAGGAUGUCAUUGAUAACUUUAUCGAGAAGCAUGGAGACGAAUACAAAAGUGUGAAGAAAAUUCUACCGGAUGAUAGAAUUGACGAAGUUGCUGCUCGUAAUUUGGCAAUGGAUCAUUGCUUGUUAAAAAAGUGUUCUGGAUAUUUCUCGAUUGACGCAGAAGCGCAUUUAGACAAUGAACACACCUUAAGAUUGCUGGUUGAACAGCAAAGAGGGAUCGUUGCGCCGCUACUUAUAAGACCUUUUAAGGCUUGGAGUAAUUUCUGGGGUGCCGUUACCGAUGACGGAUUUUAUGCUCGCAGUUCUGACUACAUGCAAAUCAUCCACAAUGAACGAAGGGGUCUCUGGAACGUGCCAUUCAUCAGCAGUUGCUAUUUAAUCAACUCUACGAUCAUUAGGAACAAAGAAACUCGACCCUCGUACUCGGAAGGCGAUUUAGACCCGGAUAUGGCAUUUGCUUCAGCUAACAGAGAAAGGCUUAUAUUUAUGUACGUCAGUAAUAGACUGGAGUUUGGACAUCUGGUUAUUCCUGAUUCGUUUGAUACUUCCUUGACUAAUCCUGACUUGUAUCAGAUUUUUGAUAAUAAGCUCGAUUGGGAAAAGAGGUACAUUCAUGAGAAUUAUAGCAAGAAUUUUGAGGAGGGUCAAGUGCCUAUACAGCCUUGCCCAGAUGUUUACUGGUUCCCUAUUAUUAACACAAGAAUGACCAAAGAGAUGAUAGAAAUUAUGGAGAAUUUUGGCCAGUGGUCUGAUGGAUCGAAUAAGGAUCCCAGACUUGAAACUGGCUAUGAGGCUGUUCCCACGCGCGACAUUCACAUGACCCAAGUUGGUUUUGACGAGGCUUGGUUAGAAUUUCUCAAAGAGUACGUCAGCCCCUUGCAGCAGAAAAUGUUCAUCGGAUACUUGGACUACCCUCCAAGGUCGUUGAUGAACUUCGUCGUUCGCUACCGGCCUGAUGAGCAACCUUCCUUGAGGCCACAUCAUGAUAGUUCUACCUACACCAUUAACAUCGCUUUGAACAAAGCUGGGGUUGAUUAUGAGGGGGGCGGAUGUAGAUUCAUCAGAUAUGACUGUGCAGUCACGGAUACGAAACCAGGAUGGAUGCUGAUGCACCCUGGGAGAUUAACACACUACCACGAGGGAUUAAUAGUGACAAAAGGAACUCGUUACAUCAUGAUCUCUUUUGUUGAUCCUUAAAAUUAGAUUAAUGUAGGAGAGAAAAGCACUAUACAUGACCGUCAUCAACUUCUGGAUGUCGACUCUGUAGAAAAGGAAAUCAUCAUGAUAAAAUUAGAACUUUUAUAAACAUGAAUACUUUAGCAGUCAAAAAUCCCUAUUAAGAAGUUUUGAAAAGGUUUAGUUUCCAAGUAUUGGAAUUGUAAUGGUAAUUAAUUGAUUAACAGUAAGUUAUAUGCAAAUAUUUAAAAAAAAAAAAAGAAUUC